UUCAAAAGUAGAGGGAACGAUUCAGAUUUCAAAUAUAAAAAUAAAAAUAAAAAUUCCAAAAAUGAAACAGAAAUUUGAAUAUUUGUUUGAUUCCGUUGGUUGCUGAGAGAGAAGAAACACACACUGUGAAUCUGUGAUGAUGGAUCAAAGGAAGCCCUGAAUUUUGGGGGUGAAUCUGAGAGAGAAGAAGCAAGCGAUUGAUGAUCACGCUUUCUUCUUUCCAAAACGAGAUUGCACGCUGCACUCACCACCAUCAUUCAUUUUCUUUCUAUCUAUCUAUUACUCUUACUAUACCAUCACAUUCUUCAUUUCAAUUCCUGUUUUCAUUUUCCCCCAAUUUACUAGGGUUUUAUUUCCCCCAAUUUAGUAAUCAAUCAAUCAAUCGUUAGCGUUUUGCAGUCAUGGCGUUUGAUCGGAAUUCCGUCGUCAAGGAUCUACACGCGGUGAACGUCGUUCCAGUCAUGGCCGAGGAGCCUCUCAUUUCACCGGCAUCCAUCGCCGCCACGCCUCAUACUCCCAAUUCAGCUCGAGACCUCUUCUAUCCACCGCCGCCGGUGGGAGCCUGGUACGUCCGCCCCGCCGCGGCCGCUGCGCACCCUGCUGCUGUCGGGUUUAACUACGGCUCGCCUAACAGUUUUGGCAAUAUGGCCGCCGCGCCUGGGAAUGCCUUGAAUUUGGGGAAUUGGGCUGGGGUUAAUGGUUCCUGCAAUGAUGGUUCUCCUCAUGGGAGCUCAAGGACCGGUGGUGGUGAUGAUGGCGGAGAUGAUUCCGUGUCGGGGAGGAAGGUGAAGUUCCUGUGCAGUUUUGGUGGGAGGAUUUUGCCGAGGCCGAAUGAUGGAGUGUUGAGAUAUGUUGGAGGGCAGACAAGGAUUAUUAGUGUUAGGAAAGAUGUGAGCUUCAGUGAUUUGGUGCAGAAGAUGGUUGACACUUAUGGGCAGCCUGUGGCUAUCAAGUACCAGCUUCCUGAGGAGGAGCUUGAUGCAUUGGUCUCGGUUUCGUGCGCGGAUGAUGUUGAUAAUAUGAUGGAGGAGUAUGAGAAGUUGGUGGAGAGGUCUCCUGAUGGUUCUGCUAAGUUAAGGGUUUUUCUGUUUUCUGCUUCAGAGGCUGACCUUUCUGGUGUGAUGCAAUCUGUGGACUUGCAAGAUACUGGGCAGAGAUACUUUGAGGCUGUGAAUGGAUUUACAGAUGGAAAUGGGAUUAGUGGCGGAAUCAAGAGGAAGGAGAGUGUAACAAGUGCUGCUUCAACACAGAAUUCUGAUUUGAGUGGGAUUGAGACCCUUGAUAGCUCAUUUUCUAGUCAAUGGGAGCCGGUUUCUUGUGCGAUAUCUUCAAAGGAGAAUGUGGCAGCUUCUCCUGACACAAGUGCAAAUUUGGGGGCUUCAGAGCCCAAUUCAGCUGCUUACUCAGCUGCUUCUGCGGUUUCAUUGGGUAUGCCUGUGGCUAAUAGCAGUUCAACUCCCACAACAUAUUCCCAGAAUGAGGUUGACUUAGAAAAGCCUGUGCCUGUAUCACAACAGCCAUUUGGGUUGCAGCAAUAUGGGAUGGAAAUUCCACCCUCUUCACAUUAUUUGCAGCCUUUGAUUGAUCUGCGCCCGGAGGUUAGGAACCAUGCAGAUUAUGUCCAAUUGCAUCCCCAGGCGGGGUUCCCCAAUCCUCAGCUUUUAGGGCAGACUGGGCCUUCCUUCACACAACAGCAGUUUAAUGAUAAUGCUUCUGGUUUAGCAUUCCAUCAGGCCAUUCCUGGAGCACAAAUACCCGUGACUCAACCAUACUCACAUGCUGCUGUAAGGCCGAAUGUCAUUCAGCAACAAACAUUGAUGCAACCACAGCAUAAUCGGUUGGACCAAUACAGCGACGAAAGUGCAUCAGGGCUCAGGAUUAUGCAGCUUCCUGCCGAGCACAGCUAUAAUACAUACCAGGUUCCAGUGAAUCAUGCCCCAUCUGUCAUAGCUGGAGGUAAUUAUGGUUGGGUUCAGGUUCCUCCACAAGAGCAGGUUGUUUUCUCUGAUGGUUUAUUACCUCAACAACAGAUACUGAUCCCUGAGCAACUCAACAGAGUUGAGGGUUGUUCUAUGUGUAAGACAAAGCUACCUCAUGCCCAUUCAGAUCCAGUGGUCCAGGAUCAGCAUAAUGGUGGUGCAGGUCCAGUUCCCGAUUCAAGCCCUACUUACCGUAGUUUCCCGGUGGAAGACAGUUUAAAAACUCAAGGAACUAAUAUGUUUAAGCAUAUGGUGACAGCACCCUUGGAAAGCAUUAGUGAACAUGGGGCUGGGACUGGAUCCAGACUUGCUAGCAAAGUGGAACCUUCUGAUGGAGUACCUUGUAAUAAUAAUAGUACUGGGCUUUCUCAUAAUCUUGUGCCUCUGCCUGAAGGUGGGAGGAAUAUAAUGCAAAAGCCAGAAGAAUUUGAUCAUGCAAAGAAUUCAUUUCUCCAGGAAACGACUGGAAGGACAGGUGCAGAACAGUCUCCUAGUGAUGGACUCAUGACCAUGGGAACAGCAGCACUGUCUUAUCCAGAGGCUGUCCACCGGCAUGUGCCCGUUGAAAACGGGGUUAAACAGGAUGUGGUUGUGAAUAAACCUGUCAAUAAUGAUAUCCCUAUGGUUGAUAGAACAGCUAUACUAACUUCCAAGUGCAUGAUUCAAGGAUCUCCGAGAAAAAAUACUAAUGAGUUUACUGGUGUUGUUUCUAAAUCAGAUGUAGUAGAUAAUUGGAUUAGACAGGACCAUCUAAAACGUGUUGAUGGAAGGAUGGACACCCUCAAGAUAUGCAAUCCUGAAGUUGAUGUUAGUAAUGAUGACUGUUUGCUGCCACUUGAAAAACCUAAUGGGAAUGAUAAACUAGAUUACAACACUCGGAAUUCUGUAGAGGGAGAGGUGAUUCUGGAUAACAACUUCGGCAGGCCAAAAUUGGUAGCUGGUUCAAAUCAAAUUAAGAUGACGGGCGUGCUGCCGUGUUCUUCUGAAGAAAUUUCAUUUGGUCACAAUUCCAGGCCAGGGGAAUACAAUGAGGUAGCACGACCCCCUGUGGUUGGAAACACCGUCAAGGAUGAUACAUCAUCCUCUUCAUUAUCAUCAUCUGUCAGGUUUGGAGAUGUACAGAAUUCUCCAAACUCACUUUUCAGCAAUCAAGAUCCCUGGGCUAUACAGCAUGGUACCUUCUUUCCACCUGCUAGACCUAACAACACUACAUUGAUGAAAGAAACCUAUUCUCCCAGGGAUCACUUUGGUGAGAAUCCAGGCAGCUUUGGGAAACAAAUUUCAGAAGCACAAUUGGAUGAAGGCCUCUACCAGUCGUUCAUACAGAACUUAACUUUUGAACAUGGUCAGUCAGCCAAAGGCUCAACAGAAGAAGAAGAACAACUUCAAGCUGUUGCAGAAGAUGUAGCAGCUUCUGUUCUGCACCCAUGCUCUCCUCCAAAUCCUAACCUGCAUGCCGAAGAUGUUUCCUCUCAUGAAAACAUUGAGGAUUGCGAUGUUCAAAAUAAUCUAAUAGAUGUAAUGUGUAGAAAUAAAACUCUGGAUGCCAAGAGCAAGCCACCAGAAAAGGCAUGUUUUGGCUUUCCGGCAUCGGGUGUUGGGAGAUUGCAGGUUAUAAAGAACUGUCACCUUGAAGAGCUGACAGAAUUGGGUUCUGGUACCUUUGGGACUGUUUACCAUGGAAAAUGGAGGGGCACUGAUGUUGCAAUCAAACGAAUUACUGAUAGGUGUUUUGCGGGAAAGCCUUCAGAGCAAGAGCGCAUGAGAGAUGACUUCUGGAAUGAGGCAAUCAAGCUUGCUGACUUGCACCAUCCAAAUGUGGUAGCUUUCUACGGUGUCGUGCUUGAUGGCCCAGGAGGUUCUGUGGCAACAGUAACUGAGUAUAUGGCUAAUGGUUCUCUAAGAAAUGCCUUGCAGAAGAGUGAGAGGAAUCUUGACAAGCGCAAACGUCUUAUCAUUGCAAUGGAUGUGGCCUUUGGUAUGGAGUACCUACAUGGAAAAAACAUUGUACACUUUGACUUGAAAAGUGACAACUUGCUGGUGAAUCUCCGAGAUCCACACCGCCCAAUAUGCAAGGUUGGUGACUUGGGACUGUCCAAAGUAAAAUGUCAGACAUUGAUCUCUGGCGGUGUGAGAGGAACUCUACCGUGGAUGGCGCCAGAACUACUAAACGGAAGCAGUAGCCUUGUUUCAGAGAAGGUUGAUGUCUUUUCAUUCGGUAUUGUGCUGUGGGAACUCUUAACUGGAGAAGAGCCAUAUGCUGAUUUGCACUAUGGUGCUAUUAUAGGUGGUAUUGUGUCCAACACUUUGCGGCCUCUGGUUCCAGAAUCUUGCGAUUCAGAAUGGAGAUCACUGAUGGAGAGGUGCUGGUCCUCCGAGCCAUCAGAGAGACCAGGCUUCCCUGAGAUUGUCAACGAAUUACGUUCUAUGGCAGCCAAACGACACAAUCAACAGCUUCCCAAAUGAGUUCCCACAAAUGAGCUCCCCCUCCUUUGCUCACCAAUGCAUUGUGCAGCAUAUAUAUCAUAGGAUGGAAAGGUUAGCUUUGUAAGUUUACUUCAUAUAGUGGUAGUCAAGCUUUUAUAGCUUUGCUGCAGAUUCUUCUCUCACAUCCGACCCUCCAAGAACAUUAGGAAAUGUUUCAUUUUUUAGUAGGAAAAGCAAAAGGGGAAGAGAAAACAUAUUGUUCAUAGUUUAAUACUUUAAUUGUACUCAAAAAAUAGAUAUUGUAAAGGGUUUUCUUACCAUUUUCGCUCAUGAGUAUUGCUAUUUAGGUCCUUUUAUAAGAAAUACAAA